CUCUCCUCCAUAUAUAUAUAUAUAUAUAUAUAUAUAGAAAUAGAAGUGCUCUUUAGUCAAAUACGAUUCGUUUUAUUCCCAAAGUUAAGAAGAUAAAUAUUUGAAAACCUUCUGUGGUGCACAUAAGAGAAAGCAAUUUGGUCCAUAGAUAUCUAUCAUAACCCUUUAUUUUUGCAACCUUUCCUUUCCUUUAGCAAAUUAGCAGGCUCUCUCUCCCUCUCUCUCUCUGCUCCCUCGCUCCUCCUCUUCCGCUCUUUUUCGUUGCUUUUGUUGUGUUGAGAAAGACACAAAAUUGUGCGCCGUUUUUCCACAGGGUCGCCGCGUACGUACUUUUGUAUAUCUCAAAGGUUUAAUAUGACUCAUAUGAAAAUUUCUGUCUUGGACUGCAAACAAGUUGGUGUUUGUAAUGGGAAUUUACGGCCCGGCCUAGUGGAUUUUAACAUGGAAUAUCCUUUGUUUCGGAAAGAUAAGGUCGUGUUUGUAAUGGGAGCAACCGGCACCGGCAAGUCAAGGCUGGCAAUCGACCUGGCAACCCGGUAUCCGGCGGAGAUCGUAAAUUCCGACAAAAUGCAAGUUUACAAAGGGCUUGACAUAGUCACCAACAAAGUCACCGACGAGGAGUGCCGCGGGGUACCCCACCACUUAUUAAGCAUAAUUGAUCCUAACGCCAACUUCACUACCAACGAUUUUCUCCGCCAUGCUACAUCAACCAUGGAAUCGAUCACUAGCCGGGACCGACUCCCUAUCGUCGCCGGUGGUUCCAAUUCUUAUAUUUCAGCUCUAAUAAAUCAACGUACUGAAUUUCGAAUGAAGUACGACUUUCGUUUCAUUUGGGUCGAUGUCUCAUUUCACGUGCUUCGUUCAUUUAUAUCAGACCGAGUCGAUCGGAUGGUGGAAGCCGGUUUAGUGGAUGAGGUCAGGAAAAUGUUUGACCUCAAAGCCGAUUAUUCGCGCGGAAUUAGGCGUUCCAUUGGGGUGCCGGAGAUGGAUAAAUAUCUACGAGUUGAAGCCACCGUCGAUGAUGGAACCCGAGCUAUGCUUCUUAAGGAGGCCAUUGCCAAAAUCAAGGAAAAUACUUGCAUGUUAGCUUGUCGCCAAUUGGAAAAGAUCCGUUGCCUUCACAGCGAGUGCGAAAGGAAUAUGCAUCGACUCGACGCUACGGAAGUGUUCCUAAAGCGGGGCAGAGAAGCCGAUGACGCGUGGGAGAAUCUCGUCGCAGGACCCAGCUCCAGGAUCGUCCGCCAGUUCCUCUACAAUGAAGAUCGUAUGGCCACCAUUGUCCAACAAGAAGUUGUUGCUGCAGCCGGCCUCGGCUCGCCGGUUCCCUCGGCAGCAGUGGCUACACUCACUCGUUAAUGGUGGCUCCUAUAGAAUAUUCUAUUUCACCAUCACUCACGAGGACACGUGGCAAGCUGGUACCUCAUUUUUUUUAAAAAAAAUAAAAAAAUUAUUAUCAAAUAUUACAAUUUUUACUACAAAUAAUUUUACAAAUUAAGGUAGGAGUCCAUGAAUGAUAAAAUGAUACUUAAACUAUUCUUAACUAUUAUUUCAUCAUUCAUGAACUGAUAUGUUAAUUUGUAAAAAAAUUGUUUUAAAAAUGGUAGUAUUAUAAACAUUUUUUUUUUUUUGAAAUUUUUAUUUACGGGAAAAUUGUAAAAAAAAAAAAAAAAAAAAAAAAAAACGGCUUGAACUGUGAGAUUGCUGUCAGGUCGUUAAGUACUUACUUUGGAGGCCGUACAGUUGGGUGCAUUUUGGAAUCCGUGCAAGUUCUUGCGGGGUCCAUUUGAUUUGAUAGGUGGGUAUUUACUGUAUUAGUCCAAUAAACCGUUAGGGCCCACGGGGUUUGUGCACGUGGGAGUGAGUGGCGUUUUGGUCUUUUGGGUGUGAUGUUUUGACAUGAGCUGUAAAUUUCUCAGCACAAUUAUGACUUUUUAUACAUAAUAUUGGAAUAUAUAAAUAUAUAUAUAUAUAUAAAAGUGCGUUCUUCUUUGAGCUA